CGACCCAGAAACAGUCGUCCAGCAUGACCUCGUUGAGGCGGUCGAGCCACUUGUGCAACUCGGCGUGGUCGACGAUCCAACGACCGUUCUUCCAGUCGCUGGGGCACAGAUCAACGUUGUCGAGACCAAACCUACUCUAGUAGAGCACGAGCCUUGUGCUCGAGCCGUCGAGCUUGAGUCCGAGGUCGCCGUUGCACCGACCGAUGUGAGCUCGCCGAUGGCCGUCGCGAAGCAGACGUCGCCAGAGGUAGUGAACCCGGUCGAUCUGGUUGCUGCCAAUGCCCAGUUGACGGAAAUCGAGCCCGAAAGCGUCGUCUCGGAGGGGGUCGUCAAGAACGAAAGCGUCGUCGAGGAGGGGGUCGGCAGCAAUGAGAGCGUCGAGGAGUGCCCGGAAGCAGUCCGGAUGCCCGCAUCGCCUGUCGUCAUUGAGAUUGACGCCGAGUCGCCUGCCGACUCGAAAGCACCUGCGAAAGCGACAGCCAAGAAGGCAUCCAAGGCCAAAACUGCGACGAAACCAGCGCGACGAACGGCCAAACCAGCGAAAAAGGCCAAGGCGCUCGAGUUCUCGACCAGCUCCGAGUCGGACGAGGCGUACGGCAGCACCAAGUCGCGAAAAAAGCUCAAGCCCAAGCCCAAGCCCAAGCGUGUCAAGGAGGUGUACGUGGAUGAUGACGAUAUCGAGGACUUUGAAGAGGUCGUCUACGCGUCAUGCCAGCACGACCACUCGUUCGUGGCCGAGCCCGAGUCGGCCGCCGAGACAGACGUCAACGCACUCACCACGCCGCUCUCCAUGCUGUGGAACGACCCGGCGACGACGACGUAUGCGUGCCGGCGCGAGUUUGUCUGGGACCACACGGUCUUUACCGACUCGGAGGACGUCGACGUGCGCCCAUUCGCCGACGAGCCACCGACGCGCGGCCGCCGCAACGUUCGCUCGGUGCAGCACAGCCAGCUGCGGCAGAACUUUCUCGCGGGCAACGCGCUGGACCCGCACAUGAUGGUCGAGUGCGCGCAGUACGCAGCGCCUCACGCGACGCACGACAAGCGGCCGCAGCAGCCGUUCCGCGUCUGCGUGCACCCGGACGUCGCCUUUGUCUGCGACCUCCACGCGCACUUGGCCAUGUGCGAGAUCAUUGGCUACUUUGGCGGCAAGUUUGACCGCGACGCCAACGUCGUGUACAUCCACGCCGCGUUUCCAUGCCGCUCGAUGCAGAUCGAAGGCGACGACGGCGCGACCGACGUCGAGAUGGACCCUGCGAGCGAGCUCGAGGUGCGCCAGCUCAUUGAAGAGUCGCACUUGGACGUGGUCGGGUGGUACCACUCGCACCCGACGUUUGCGCCGGACCCGUCGAUCCGCGACAUUGAAAACCAAGCGAGCCACCAAGAGCUCUUCAACGAGAUGGCGCACGCGCACCCGUUCGUGGGGCUCAUCGUCGGCACGUACGACGCCAAGCGCGCCGACCCGAUCGGCCUCUUUCGCUACUUCCACGUGCGCGGCGAAAAGAUCAACGGCCGCUCGAAAGCGCCGCUCAUGUACUUUCCGUUCGAGCUCUCGGCGACAACCCGCCGCUACAAGCCGCGCUCGCAUGCUGCAGACGGGACGCCGUCGAGUCUCGACGUGCUGCAGCGCCUCCGCACCGGGUACGGCGAGAGCAUCCGCGGCUGCGUCGAGCAAGUCAUCCGCCUCCUCGAGUACUACAAGUCGUUUCCGCGCCGGACGCGCUGGGCCCACGCGUGGCAGCGGACGACCAAGGGCGAGAAGCUCCGGAGAUCGCUGCUACACCACGUGCAAGCCAUCGAUGUGGCGCCGUCGCAGCAGCCCGCGUUUGUCGAGGACAUUCUGACGCACGUGCUCGCGUCGUGGUAGAAGAGGUUAAGACGACGCAAUAUUCUCGUUAGUUUUUGAACGAA